GGGUAACUCAUUCGAUUUCGGAGUUCUUUUAAUUCUUCUGAAAGAUUUCAAGUCUUCUAGAAGCCAAAAUGGGACACAGUAAACAGAUUAGAAUUUUACUUCUGAACGAAAUGGAAAAGCUGGAAAAGACUCUCUUCAGACUUGAACAAGGGUUCGAACUACAGUUCCGAUUAGGCCCCACUUUACAGGGAAAAGCAGUUACUGUGUAUACAAAUUACCCAUUUCCUGGAGAAGCAUUUAAUCGAGAAAAAUUCCGUUCCCUGGAAUGGGAAAAUCCAACAGAAAGAGAAGAUGAUUCUGAUAAAUACUGUAAACUUAAUCUUCAGCAAGCUGGAUCAUUUCAGUAUUACUUCCUUCAAGGAAAUGAGAAAAGUGGUGGGGGUUACAUAGUUGUGGAUCCUAUUUUACAUGUUGGUGCUGAUAAUCACGUGUUACCCUUGGACUGUGUUACUCUCCAGACAUUUUUAGCCAAAUGUAUGGGACCCUUUGAUGAAUGGGAAAGCAGACUUAGGGUUGCAAAAGAAUCAGGUUACAACAUGAUUCAUUUUACCCCAUUACAAACUCUUGGACUAUCUAGGUCGUGCUACUCCCUUGCCGACCAGUUAGAAUUAAAUCCUGACUUUUCAAGACCUAAUAAAAAGUAUACCUGGAAUGAUGUUGGACAGCUAGUGGAAAAAUUGAAAAAGGAAUGGAAUAUUCUUUGUAUUACUGAUGUUGUCUACAACCAUACUGCUGCUAAUAGUAGAUGGAUCCAGGAACAUCCAGAAAGUGCAUAUAACCUUGUAAAUUCUCCACACUUAAAACCUGCCUGGGUCUUAGACAGAGCACUGUGGCAUUUAUCCUGUGACGUUGCAGAAGGGAAAUAUAAAGAAAAAGGAGUACCUGCUUUGAUUGAAAAUGAUCAUCAAAUGAAUUGCAUUCGAAAAAUAAUUUGGGAGGAUAUUUUUCCAAAGAUUCAACUCUGGGAAUUUUUCCAAGUAGACGUUUACAAAGCAGUUGAGCAAUUUAGAGGACUUCUUACACAAGAAAAUAGGAAAAUAACAACCAAGCCUGAUCCAAAAGAACACCUUAAGAUUAUUCAGGAUCCUGAAUACAGAAGGCUUGGCUGUACUGUAGAUAUGAAUAUUGCACUAGCAACUUUCAUACCACAUGACAAGGGCCCAGCUGCAAUUGAUGAAUGCUGUAAUUGGUUCCGUAAGAGAAUUGAGGAGUUAAAUUCAGAGAAGCAUCAACUCAUGAACUAUCAUCAGGAACAGGCAGUUAAUUGCCUUUUGGGAAAUGUGUCUUAUGAACGUAUGGCUGGCCACGGCCCUAAAUUAGGACCUGUCACUAGAAAACAUCCCUUAGUUACCAGAUAUUUUACGUUCCCAUUUGAAGAAAUGACCCUCUCCGCAGAAGAAUCUAUGAUUCAUAACCCAAAUAAAGCUUGUUUUCUGAUGGCACAUAAUGGAUGGGUAAUGGGAGAUGAUCCCCUUCGAAACUUUGCUGAACCUGGCUCAGAAGUUUAUCUAAGGAGAGAACUUAUUUGCUGGGGAGACAGCGUUAAAUUACGCUACGGGAAUAAACCAGAAGACUGUCCUUUUCUCUGGGCACACAUGAAAAAAUACACUGAAAUAGCUGCAACUUAUUUCCAGGGAGUGCGUCUUGAUAACUGCCACUCAACACCUCUUCAUGUAGCCGAGUACAUGUUGGAUGCUGCUAGGAAGCUGCAACCCAAUUUGUAUGUAGUAGCUGAACUGUUCACAGGAAGUGAAGACCUGGACAAUAUCUUUGUUACUAGACUGGGCAUUAGUUCCCUAAUAAGAGAGGCAAUGAGUGCAUAUAAUAGCCAUGAAGAGGGCAGAUUGGUUUAUAGAUAUGGAGGAGAACCUGUUGGAUCCUUUGUUCAGCCCUGUUUGAGGCCGUUAAUGCCGGCCAUUGCACAUGCCCUGUUUAUGGAUAUUACCCACGAUAAUGAGUGUCCUAUUGUGCAUAGGUCAGAAUAUGAUGCUCUCCCAAGUACCACGAUUGUUUCUAUGGCAUGUUGUGCUAGUGGAAGUACUAAAGGCUAUGAUGAAUUAGUGCCUCAUCAGAUUUCAGUGGUUUCUGAAGAACGGUUUUAUACUAAGUGGAAUCCUGGAGCAUCUCCAUCAAAUACAGGUGAAGUUAAUUUCCAAAGUGGAAUUAUUGCAGCCAGAUGUGCUAUCAAUAAACUUCAUCAAGAACUUGGGGCCAAGGGUUUCAUUCAGGUGUAUGUGGAUCAGGUUGAUGAAGACAUAGUGGCAGUAACAAGACAUUCACCCAGCAUUCAUCAGUCUGUUGUGUCUGUGUCUAGAACUGCUUUCAGGAAUCCUAAGACUUCAUUUUACAGCAAGGAAGUGCCUCAAAUGUGCAUCCCUGGCAAAAUUGAAGAAGUAGUUCUUGAAGCUAGAACUGUUGAGAGAAAUACAAAACCUUAUCAGAAGGAUGAGAAUUCGAUCAAUGGAAUGCCAAAUAUCACAGUAGAAAUUAGAGAACAUAUUCAGCUUAGUGAAAGUAAAAUUGUUAAACAAGCUGGAGUUGCCACAAAAGGACCCAAUGAGUAUAUUCAAGAAAUAGAAUUUGAGAACUUGUCUCCAGGAAGUGUUAUUAUAUUCAGAGUUAGUCUUGAUCCACAUGCACAAGUCACUGUUGGAAUUCUUCGAAAUCAUCUGACACAGUUCAGUCCUCACUUUAAAUCUGGGAGCCUUGCUGUUGACAACUCAGAUCCUAUAUUAAAAAUUCCUUUUGCUUUCAUUGCCUCAAAAUUAACUUUGGCUGAACUGAAUCAGGUACUUUACCGAUGUGAAGCAGAAGAACAAGAAGAUGGUGGAGGCUGUUAUGACAUACCAAACUGGUCAUCUCUUAAAUAUGCGGGGCUUCAAGGAUUAAUGUCCGUCUUGGCAGAAAUAAGACCAAAGAAUGACUUGGGGCAUCCCUUUUGUGAUAAUUUGAGAUCUGGAGAUUGGAUGAUUGACUAUGUCAGUAACCGACUUAUUUCACGAUCCGGAACUAUUGCUGAAGUUGGUAAAUGGUUGCAGGCUAUGUUCUGCUACCUGAAGCAGAUCCCACGUUAUCUUAUCCCAUGUUACUUUGAUGCGAUAUUAAUUGGUGCAUACACCACUCUCCUGGAUAUAGCAUGGAAGCAGAUGUCAAGCUUUGUUCAGAAUGGGUCUACCUUUGUGAAACACCUUUCACUGGGAUCAGUGCAGAUGUGCGGAGUAGGAAAGUGCCCUUCUCUGCCACUUCUUUCACCUUCACUUAUGGAUGUACCAUAUAGGCUAAAUGAGAUCACAAAAGAAAAGGAGCAGUGUUGUGUGUCUCUAGCUGCAGGCUUACCUCAUUUUUCUUCUGGUAUUUUCCGCUGCUGGGGAAGGGAUACUUUUAUUGCACUGAGAGGUCUACUGCUGAUUACUGGACGCUAUUUAGAGGCCAGGAAUAUUAUUUUAGCAUUUGCUGGUACCCUAAGACACGGUCUCAUUCCUAAUCUCCUGGGUGAAGGAACUUAUGCCAGAUACAAUUGCCGGGAUGCUGUGUGGUGGUGGCUACAGUGUAUUCAGGAUUACUGUAAAAUGGUUCCAAAUGGCCUAGACAUUCUCAAGUGCCCAGUUUCCAGAAUGUAUCCUACAGAUGAUUCUGUUCCUUUGUCUGCCGGCACACUGGAUCAACCAUUGUUUGAAGUAAUACAGGAAGUAAUGCAAAGACACAUGCAGGGCAUACAAUUCCGAGAAAGGAAUGCUGGUCCACAGAUAGAUCGAAACAUGAAGGAUGAAGGCUUUAAUAUAACUGCAGGGGUUGACGAAGAAACGGGAUUUGUUUAUGGAGGAAAUCGCUUAAAUUGUGGCACAUGGAUGGAUAAAAUGGGAGAAAGUGACAGAGCUAGAAACAGAGGAAUCCCAGCCACUCCAAGAGACGGGUCUGCUGUGGAAAUUGUGGGCCUGAGUAAAUCUGCCGUCCGUUGGUUGCUGGAAUUAUCCAAAAAAAGAAUUUUCCCUUAUCAUGAAGUCACAGUAAAAAAACAUGGAAAGGUUGUGACAGUCUCAUAUGAUGAGUGGAACAGAAAAAUACAAGACAACUUCGAAAAGCUAUUUCAUGUGUCAGAAGACCCUUCAGAUUCUAAUGAAAAGCAUCCUAAUCUGGUUCACAAACGUGGCAUAUACAAAGAUAGUUAUGGAGCUUCAAGCCCUUGGUGUGACUAUCAGCUCAGGCCUAAUUUUACCAUAGCAAUGGUUGUAGCCCCUGAGCUCUUUACUGCAGAAAAAGCAUGGAAAGCUCUGGAGAUUGCAGAAAAAAAUUUGCUUGGGCCCCUUGGCAUGAAAACUUUGGAUCCAGAUGAUAUGGUUUACUGUGGAAUUUAUGACAAUGCCUUAGACAAUGACAACUACAAUCUUGCUAAAGGUUUCAAUUAUCACCAAGGACCUGAGUGGCUGUGGCCCAUUGGGUAUUUUCUUCGUGCGAAAUUAUAUUUUUCCAAAUUGAUGGGUCCGGAGGCUAAUGCCAAGACUGUGUUUUUGGUUAAAAACAUUCUUUCCCGACAUUACGUUCAUCUUGAGAGAUCCCCUUGGAAAGGACUUCCUGAACUGACCAAUGAGAAUGGCCAAUACUGUCCUUUUAGCUGUGAAACACAAGCCUGGUCAAUCGCUACUAUUCUUGAAACACUCUAUGACUUAUAGUUGAUUCAUGGAUAUGUAUUAAGUAUGCAGUCACUUGUAUUAUGGAAUGCAAGGUCAAAAUAUAAUGUAAAUGUUUUAUAUGCACAGGCUUGAGUCAUUUUAAAAAUCUUAUUCUUAAGAUAUUGAUGCCCAGUUAGGUAAGACUUUAAAAGCAUUGAUCUUUCGUUUUGUUUUGUUUUUUUAAUGUACACAGGUAGCUUUUGAUUUGAAUCAGAAAGAAAAGCUAUCAUAACCAAUAGGAUGUUUUUCUUUUGAAUUCAGGAAGUAUUCUUGAAAUGCCUAGAAAUAAAGAGUUUGAUCCAGAGUUUGAAAAAGAAAAAUCAUGUAAUCUACUGUACAUAAGUGAAAACGAAAUAUGAGAAUGUAAUAAUGAAAGAAAUGGAAAAGUAUUUUUAAAUUGUGGUAUUAUAUUUUCUUUAGUAAUAAUACAUACUGAAUAUGCUAUAGUUAACUAAUGUUCUCACCUUUUACUGUAUUAUUCCUAGCACCUUCCAAACUGCAUUCGAUAAAUAUUAACUAAAUAUUGAAUCAUGGAAGUAUCUAUCUAGUUCACUGUGUGCUUUUAUUUCACUAAUAUAUUAAUAUGUUUUUAAUAUAAUGAAUGCCAUAAUUUGCUUAUGUUAAUAAUGCAUACAUAGGAUGUAUGAAAAAAACACAAGCAUUUAAGAAUUUAUUUCCCACAAACUGUUUUGUAGAAUUAAUCUUGAGUUCCUGCUUCCUACUGCGAGAUGGUUUACAUUCUCAAAAUGCACAUUGUUGGUCAUACUUAUGAGAACUUUGAAGAAAAACAUGCUAAAUUAAUUUUUCUAAAAGAUAAUUAUUUUUAGUUUGUGUGUAAAAGAUAUUGAUGGGUCAUAGUAGAUGCUAGUUUCCUAUUAACUAAAACCUACGUUGACAAGCUUAGCAUUGAGAACAACCUUAAUGUAAUAAAAAUAUAUGAAUUUAGUAGUUAUCUUGAAUUCAGUAGAAUCAUUUAAAAAGUUUUUCAUGACCUUAACUCUGAAAAGUCAUAAAAGGAAAAAGGUUUUUAACAUUUAUAUGAGUUAAUAUUUUUGAAUAAUACUUAUUCUCUA